AUGAGCGCGGAGCUGGACGGGCUGUCGGUGCACUCCUCCUCCUCCUCGUCGGGCUCGCUGGUCGGCGGCGGGGCCGGCGCCGCGCCGCUGUCGGCCAACGUGCGGCGGCUGCACCAGGCGCUGACGGCGCUGCUGAGCGAGGCGGAGCGGGAGCGCUUCAUCCUCUGCCUCAACGCCUACCACGGCCGCCGCAACGUCUGCGACCUGGUGCGCUCCCUCCGCGCCCUCCUCGACGGGCCCCGCCGCCGGCAGCUCCUGCCGCUGCUCCGCCUCGUCCUGCCGCGCUCCGACCAGCUCCUCUUCGACCAGUACACCGCCGAGGGGCCCUACCUGCCGCCGCCCGGCCGGCCCCCGCCGGCCCCCGCCCCGCCGCCGGUGGUCCCCGGCGAGCUGCGGCAGGUGACCCUGCGGCGGAGCAAGGCCCACGAGGGCCUGGGCUUCAGCAUCCGCGGCGGGGCCGAGCACGGCGUCGGUAUCUACGUGUCCCUGGUGGAACCGGGCUCCCUGGCCGAGCGGGAGGGGCUGCGCGUCGGCGACCAGAUCCUGGGUGUCAACGGCAAGUCCUUGGACAGGGUGACCCACGCCGAGGCUGUCAAGGUACUGAAAGGCUGCAAGAAGCUGAACCUGUCUGUACAUUCGGUGGGACGCAUCCCAGGGGGCUAUGUCACCAACCACAUCUACACCUGGGUGGACCCACAGGGCCGGAGCGUGUCCCCGCCGAUGGGCCUGCCACACCACCAGAACAGCUCCCUCCGCAAGGACAGCGAAAAGAGGAGCCACCUCCAGCUCCUGCAAGAGGGAGAUGAGAAGAAGGUGAAUCUGGUCCUGAAUGAAGGGAAGUCCCUGGGCCUCAUGAUCCGAGGAGGGGCCGAAUAUUCCCUGGGCAUCUACAUCACCGGUGUAGAUAAAGGCUCUGAAGCAGAGAGCACUGGCUUAAAGGUAGGAGACCAGAUCCUGGAGGUGAACGGCAGGAGCUUCCUCAGCAUCCCCCACGAUGAGGCGGUGAAGCUGCUCAAGUCUUCCCGCCACCUCAUCAUGACGGUGAAGGACAUCGGGAGGCUGCCCCACGCCCGCACCACCGUGGACGAGACUAGGUGGAUAGCAAGCUCCCAGAUCGGAGAGACCCUCGUCAACUCAGCAGGGGCAGUGGGCGACCAUGCUGCGGAGGCGACAGCCAGGCCUGUAUUUUACCGGGGCCUGGCCGGCUCCCAGGUAACGCUGAGCAGCAUGGUGAACCAGACCCGAGUCAUGCUGGAGGAACAGGCACGGCACCUGCUGAAUGAACAGGAGCGGGCGACCAUGGGGUACUACCUUGAUGAGUAUAAGGAAGGCAACAUCUCUGUGGAUGCUCUGGUCAUGGCACUCUUCGAGCUACUCAAUACACAUGCUAAGUUCUCACUGCUUUCAGAGGUGCGGGGUGUGAUCUCCCCGCAAGACCUCGACCGCUUUGACAACCUGGUGCUGAAGAGAGAGAUCGAGUCCAUGAAGGCACGCCAGCCCUCAGGGCCCAGCAUCGGCACCGACUCCUACUCUGUGAUGUCCUACAGUGAUACCAUCUCUUCCUCCAGCAGCCACUUCACUGCCACAACUGUCAGCUCAGCCCGGAACACAUCAGAAUUGGAGGGAGGUGGAGACAGCCACCAAAGUAGCAUCAACACCCUGCCGGACAUCUCCCUGGAUGAUCUCUCCUCCUUCCCAGAUGAACCACCCAACUUCAAGCCUCCGCCUCCUCCUUCAGCCCCUCAGAUGCUGGACCCCUCUGCUGCCCAGCACAGGAACCCAGGGAAAGACAAGCCCAAGCGCCCUUCCUCCGAGUCCUCUCAGUCAGGCCUUUUCUUCGUGGCCCCCCGAAACCCCACGCACCCUCCUAGCCACCCCGAGAAGGACACAGUCAGCAUGACCUCCACUGCUACCACAUCCACCGAGGAGUCUGCCCCAAGUGCUAUCUAUGCUACCAUUUCCCCGGCCCUGCACAGCUCCAGGAGGCAAAUGGAUGCCCAGCUCUCCUUGGUCAGCCAGCACCCCAUCGGUCCCUUCCCUAGGGUCCAGUCCCCAACGAGGCUGAAGAACCCACCCCCAGAUGACCCUGCAGCCGGUGGGCUUCAGAGCCCCCCUUCCCCGUCCCCUCCUCCUCCCCCACCCCACCCGGCACCCCCUCCACCGGACAAGGGCAGCCCGCAGGCCAUGGCCAACCAGCAUUUCAUCAUGGUGGAGGUACACCAACCCAACAGCGAGCCCGACGUCAAUGAAGUGAGGCCCUUACCCCAGGCCAGAGCCUCCACGCUCUCCCAGCUGUCGGACAGCGGGCAGACCCUCAGCGAGGACAGCGGGGUGGACAUCGGGGAGGUCGAGAUGAGCGGCAAGGACAAGAGCCGGCAGCCGGUCCCUGGGAAAAGCCGAAGCCUCAAGGAGGCCACGAGGAGCGAGGGGGCAGCAGAAGGGCCCUCCAAGCCGCCGGGGCUCCUGGAGCCCACGUCGUGUCUGAUCCGAGUGUCCAAGAGCGCACCGACCUUGGGGAUCGCCAUCGAGGGUGGAGCAAACACGCGGCAGCCGCUGCCCCGCAUCGUCACCAUCCAGCGCGGGGGCUCGGCGCACAACUGCGGGAAGCUGAAGGUGGGCCACGUCAUUUUGGAGGUGAACGGCACGGGGCUACGGGGCAAAGAGCAUCGGGAAGCUGCCCGUAUCAUUGCUGAAGCCUUUAAGCUGAAGGAAAAGGACUACAUUGAUUUCUUGGUCACAGAAUUCAACGUCGCCCUUUAGGAACCCGAAUGGGUUUUGGGAGCGUAGCUUGGGACGGGGGGAGCACCCGAACGGGGAUGAAAGGCAGCGCCGAGGUGUGAAAGCAGCAUCCCACCACGCAGAGCCCUCGCCCGCUGUGCCAGCCCGCACGCGCAGACACCCCCAGCUUGUCCCCAAAUGUCCCCUCGCCCACCGCAGACUCUCACUGCCUGGGUAGGGCAGGCUGAGAACGGGCAGAAAUCAGUGCACGUCCUUUAACGUCUCCAUCCCUGUCCUCUCUGGGGUGGGGGGGGCUGCCCUUUGGGAACGCACUCUCCCCCCUCGGCCAGGCUGGGGAGCGGGGCAAGAGGACGGCAGAGGUCUGGGUGUCCCCGCUGUCAUUUUGAGUGCCACAUGCAGAGUGAGGUGGGCCCGUGGCUCAGGCUGGAGGGUUUUUCGGGUGGUUCCGGCUCCCUUGGGUGCUCGCCUGCUGUGCCCAGGCGGGUGGCAGGGGCCACGGGUGGGGAUGCAGAGAGAGCAACCGGAGGCCUUGUAAAUUGCUGGCAACGUCGUUGUAUUUAUAUAUACAGAGCUUGUGCUUUUAAUUUUUCAAUAAAUCUAUCAGGUUAGAAAAAGGC